AUCGGCCUCUCGCUCGCACCCACUACCACUGUUGCGCUCAUCAUCAACAUAUUCUCCACGAACAUUUUUUUUUACUUGUUACGUUGAUUUUGUGGCAUUAAAUCGGAAAAAUAACGAUAACCCGCGGCCGUGCGAACAUGUGCUAAGCGUAAUUGCAGUGGUAGAAUAACAAAUAAACCAACAUUCCAGCCGAAAAAAGCAAACGUGUGCGUGUGCGGUGUGUGUUGAAAUUUUUUGUCGCGUUGUAAAAUUUUUUGCAUUGGUAGCGGACGCAGAAGCGUUCGCAAAGGGCAGUAAGUGAGCAGAGCGCGAGAGCGAGCGAGAGUGCAACAAAAUAGCGGCCGGCUGGUGUGUCCGUGUGCGUGGGAGUGAGGGAGUGUGUGUUUUUGCAUGUCCGUGCGUGUGUGUGUGUGAAAGAUCUACAAAGAAAAAACAACCGUUAGUUCGUUUGGCGGUCUUGUGUCGCCGCGCCGACCAACAACAAAAAUAAAAUACGAAAAGCGCGUAGGCCGGAAAACCGAAUACAAGAAAAAACUGCAAAAGCAGCCAAACAAAGUGAAUAAGCAGCGGAAGAGCGGAGCAGCAGAAAAGCUGAUUCAACGUUUCUCGCCUCCACAAUGAACUCCGAGCAUGGAUUCAAUCCUGCCUUCAAUAUGGCCACCAUACGGCAAGCUUUCACAGAGGCGGUGGAAAGAGUCAGAAUGCCAACGCCUACACGCCUGCGCGAUCUCAUCCGGCAGAUACGCGCCGCGAGAACUGCUGCCGAGGAACGGGCGGUGGUCAACAAAGAGUGCGCCUACAUACGGAGCACGUUCCGCGAGGAGGACUCUGUCUGGCGCUGUCGCAACAUUGCCAAGCUGCUUUACAUACACAUGCUCGGUUAUCCGGCUCACUUUGGCCAACUGGAGUGCCUUAAGCUGACGGCCAGCACGCGUUUCACAGACAAACGUAUCGGCUAUUUGGGGGCCAUGCUGCUGUUGGACGAGCGGCAGGAUGUCCAUUUACUCAUCACCAACUGUUUGAAGAACGACUUGAACAGUUCGACACAGUUCGUUGUGGGCCUGGCUCUGUGCACUUUGGGUGCGAUUGCCUCGCCGGAGAUGGCCCGGGAUCUGGCCAGCGAGGUGGAGCGUCUGAUGAAGUCACCGAACACGUAUAUCCGCAAGAAGGCGACGCUGUGUGCCUUCCGUGUUAUCCGUCGAGUGCCGGAGCUAAUGGAGAUCUUUCUGCCAGCCACGCGAUCCCUGCUCAGCGAGAAGAAUCAUGGCAUUUUGAUAACUGGCGUCACGCUGAUCACGGAGAUGUGCGAGAACAGCUCGGACACACUGUUGCAUUUCAAGAAGGAUAGCGGAAAUCGAGAGAUUGUGCCGAACCUCGUGCGCAUAUUGAAGAACCUGAUUCUGGGCGGCUAUUCACCGGAGCAUGACGUUAGCGGGGUGAGCGAUCCCUUCCUGCAGGUAAAGAUACUGCGACUACUCCGUAUACUGGGCCAUAACGAUCCGGAUGCCUCUGAGGCAAUGAACGAUAUCCUGGCACAAGUGGCCACCAACACGGAGACGAGUAAGAACGUGGGCAAUACGAUCCUCUAUGAGACAGUGCUCUCCAUCAUGGACAUUCGCUCGGAGGGUGGAUUGCGCGUUCUGGCCGUAAACAUUUUGGGGCGUUUCCUGCUCAAUUCGGACAAGAACAUCCGUUAUGUGGCAUUGAACACACUGCUGCGGACAGUGCAUGCGGACACGUCGGCGGUGCAGAGGCAUCGCACUACCAUUUUGGAGUGCCUGAAGGAUCCGGAUGUGUCCAUUCGCCGCCGGGCCAUGGAGCUGUCGUUUGCAUUGAUCAAUGCACAAAAUAUACGUACAAUGACCAAGGAGCUCCUGCUGUUCCUCGAAAAGGCCGAUGCCGAGUUUAAAGCGCAAUGCAGCUCGGGCAUGAUCCUGGCCGCCGAACGGUAUUCGCCGAACACACGCUGGCAUCUGGAUACGCAGCUGAGCGUGCUUAUUGCGGCCGGUAACUAUGUGCGCGAUGACGUCGUCUCCUCCACCAUCCAGCUGGUGUCCAGCAGUCCCGUCCCGGAGCAGACGUAUAUCACGAAUCGAUUUUGGGAGUCGCUGCAGGUGAGCAAUCACUGCGAGGACAAACAGCCGCUACUGCAGGUUGCCGUCUGGGCCAUAGGCGAGUACGGCGAUCUUUUUAUGUACGGCGCCAAUGAGGAUGAGUUUGAACGGCCCACGGAGAGCGAUCUGAUCGCUGUGUAUCAUAAGUUUUUAACCUCUGCUCAAGUCUCGACCACAAGCAAGCAAUACGCUCUGGUCUCUUUAGCCAAGCUAAGCACGCGUCUGCAGCAGUGCGUGGAGGAAAUUCAGGCACUGAUCACAUCGUUCGGCAGCCAUUUGAAUGUGGACCUGCAGCAGCGCGGCGUGGAGUUUACGCAGCUCUUUGGACACUAUAAGCACCUGCGACCGCCGCUACUGGAGAAGAUGCCGGCGAUGCAGAUAAGCAGGAUUAGCUCGCAGAAUGGCGAAAGCGGCGGCUCCUUCGACGACAACAGUCCCGAUGUUAUCGAAAAUGGCGUAGAGGGAGCAGGCAAUGGCGGUGGCGGACACUCACUUAUCGAAAGCAAUAUGAACACUCUGGGUGACAAUACGAACAUUUUGCUAGAUCUGCUGGGCAGCACGGAUCUGUCGGCGGGCGGUGGCGGUGACUUGGUGGCGGCCACGGAUCUAUCGAAUUCCGUUCAUAAAAAGAACUCGCGCAAUGCCAAUGAUGGUGGGGCGACGUCGGCUCCCGUUUCCCAUAACCAGGAUCUGUUGGAUCUGCUUGAUUUGGACAUGUCGUCGACGACGAACGCGGCAGGACCACCAACAGGUGUUGGAGGCGGCGGUGGUGGUAUCCUGGCCUUGGCCAUUGGUGAUAACAACCAGACUAGUGCGGCGUCGGCCAACAUGAACAACAUUUUGGGUGGCCUGGAUCUGAGUGGAUUUGGAUCCGGUCUUGUGGAUGGUUCGGCGGCCAGUAUACCAACAAAUGGCAACGAUCUCGCCAGCAUGCUUGGCGGCCUGAGCGGAGUGUCAUCGACAUCGGCACCCCUAGCUAGUGCUGCCGCCGGUAACCUUAUCGAUGGAGGUAACCUGCUGGCCGAUCUAAAUCCCACGGCUGCCUCUAACAAUGCCGCUCUAGUGCCUCCGAGGGGUCCCAAGCUAACGGCGCUGGACAAAGACGGGCUGCUGGUGCAGCUGGAACCGGUAUGGGGCCCGGACUGUAUGCGCAUCUAUGUGACAACCACGAAUAGCUCAGAUAAUACCCUGGAUCAGUACGUGCUGAAGGCGGCUGUACAGAAGAGUUUUCAGCUGCAGUUGGUUACCCCAUCCGGCUCACUGCUGCCACCAGGUGGCGUUAUUACUCAGGAGAUGCGCGUUGUGGCCUCGUCGAAUGCGACUCUACGCAUGCGACUGCGCAUCCAGUACUUGCUCGAUGGCAAGCAGCAGGUGGAGCAAACAGAAGUUAGCGGCUUCCCAGAUCAGGUGCCGGAGUAGGGGAACUUUCAACUGUAUUAAAACAAAAAUCCAGAUUAGCCUAAUAUAUAAUGCAAAAUUCAACACAACAGCAGGCAGCAGUAACACUAACAAACACACACACACACACACAGACUGUGGUUGUCACACAUUUAUUGUAAAAUAAGUUAACACUCACAUACAGAGAGACAGCGACACGGACACCCACAGCCACACCCACGCCCACACCCACACCCACACCCACAACAAGGUCUAAAAAACAAUUGUCGAGACUGUUUUUUAAGCGGGAAAAAAUCAGUAGAAACAGCAGAAAUCAGUUAACUUAUAUAUAUUUUUUGUUUCUAAUUUAUUUUUCUAUAUAUACAUAAACACACACACACUAUACUUGUCAAAUCGAAAUUGUUUUUAUUGAAUUAAUUUUCGUUAAAUUCCCUAAAUUGAGUGUGUUUUUCGUAAACUCUUGUGUGUAAAAGACAACGUUCAAUUUUAAUUUAAGACAAUAAAAGUCAUACCUAUCCCAUAACUAUUCUAUAAACUUAACACCAAAACAAGAGAAAAGUAACGCAAAACCGAUUGUGAAGUUAUGUUGGCAAAGCAUUUAAAAGCAGAGAAGAAAAAGCGUAGCAUUUUAAAAAUGGAGUCAAGGAAACGAAUGAAUGCCAUUUCAAUCAGUUGAUUUUUGUUAUUUCUAUAUAUGUGUAAUUCGAUAUUCCUCAAUCUGAAUCUGUUCUCUCUUUAUUUACCCCGCAAUAUAAGCAUUCAUAUUAUAUAUAUAUAUAUAUUCUGAUAUAUAUUAUGUAUUGUUAUUUCCUGUGUGCGCACGUACUUAAAGCAGAGAGAAGAAUCAGGCAGCAGCAACCACAGAGAAAGUCUAAAGAGGGAAAAGGAAUGCAUAAGCCAGCAGAUAGCGCACUGUGGAAAACUAGAUAAUAUCUAUUGAUAAAUAUAAUUAUAACGAAGGAGCAGGACGAAGCAGCAGCUUAGAACUAUAUAUGUAACUGAUUAGUUGCUGUCGCAGAGGACGGUGGCGAUUACGAUGUUGAUGAUCGCGAGAAGCAAAGAAAAUCCAUUAACUAUUAUUAUUAUUAUUAUGAUUAUAAAUGAAUUACAAGCAGCUGUAUUGGACAAGAAAGAAAGGGAGAAAGGUAGAAAGGGAGAAAGAGAGAUAGAUAGAUAGAUAGAGAGAGCGAGAGAGAGAGGGGGAGGAAGGGAGGGCGAAGGAGAAGUAAUAACAUUAACAUAUUGUACAAUAUAUAAUUAUUAUUUUUGUAUUAUUAUCAUUUCCUUUUAUAUCUUAUACUUGUAUUCCACAAACCUUUUGAGCCGAAAUAAACAAACGAUUUCGUUUUAUCGAAGGACAAAA